AUGGGAUUAACAAAGGAUUACUUGCGUUAUGUGCACAGUGGUAGCUGCGGUUGCGUUGGCUCCGCAAAUGGUGAGAUCUGUGCCGUUGACGAGAAGGUUUGCGCAGUUACUGCUUGUGAGAAUGUCAAUUUCUACAAUUUGAGGACAAAUGAGAAGGUAAGCCAUGACAUUUCCGUUAAUGAAAUAUCUGAAUCUGUGAAGGAUGCAACCUGUAUAAAACUGAGCCAUGACAAAAGGUGGCUUGCAGUCGGUUACGCUGACGGUGUUAUUCGAUUAUUCGAUAGGAACUCUAACGAAAUGAACAGUGUCAUUUUCUCCGGUCACAAAAAAGGUGUUAACUGUUUGAUGUUCAGUGAUGACGGGCUUACUUUAGCCUCAGGAGGAAAGGAUUGUGCAGUCAUAUUGUGGGACGUUGUAUCGGAAAGCGGUCUCUUUCGACUCAAUGGGCACAAAGGCCCUGUGACUCAUUUGGCUUUUGUGCGUAAUGGUCAAUUUCUGAUAACAUCGUCCAAGGAUUGCCUAGUCAAAUUCUGGUGCCUGAAAAGUCAGAGCUGCUUUUACACGUUACUUGAGAAUCGCACGGAGGUUUAUUCCUUCAGCAUUCUUAAUGACGAGACACUCAUGGUGGUGGCAAGCGCAGAAGCCGAACUAAUUUUGUACAAUCUGACUUGGUUAGGUGAUGGAAUAUUACCAUCUUCUGAACAAAAUCAGGAACCCGAGAAAAAGAAAGCUUUGGUGGAUGUUCAUACUCAAGAAGGCGUUAUAGAAGAUAUGGCAAAUCGUUAUGUGCGAGUGAGUCUCCGUGGAAGAUUGCUUCGCCAGUGCAAAGGGCGAGCACUUCAGCUUGCUCUGUCCCCUGACGAGCGCUUUUUGCUGUGCUUGGGAGCCGAUAAAGUGGUCGAUGUGUUUCGAGUAUUCACGGAAGCAGAGUCAAGCAAACGUUUGGCAAAGAAGUUGAAAAAUGCGAAGAGGAAAGCCACAAGCGAAGGUGUCUCUGUUGGCAUUUCUGAGGAGGAAGUGAAAAAGGAUGUGACUAUUCUCAUUGCUCCAGUCGGUGAAUAUCGUACUCAGGCUAAGAUUAAAUGGACCGAUUUCACUCGUAAAUGCGUCGUCGAUCAGGACAAUGCCCUAAAUUUUUCGAUCUUUGCUCUCAUGGCCAAUAACACCGUCCAUCUUCUGAAUCUCAAAUGUGAUCUCUCCUCAAACACUGUGUCAUUUGAGUGCCCUUCCAAUACUGAUCAUCUCGGCCAUCGUAGUGACAUUCGUGGUUUGUCUGUUUCAUCUUCAAACAAUGCAAUCGUAUCCGGCGGAGGAGAUGAGCUUAUAAUCUGGAAUGCACAUUCGCUUCGUCCAGUUGCUCAUUUACAAACUGAAGGAAUGGUCGAUGUCACCUCUGUCAUUUUUGCCAUCGGCGACGGACACGUUGUUGCUGGAACUAAGGCAGGCGACUUAUUUCUUUGGGAUGUAGCAGCAUGUGAAUUGUUGGAAACACGGAGAGGUCAUGAAGGACCUAUAUGGUCUCUUGUCCAUACAGCAGACAGUAAGGGAAUUGUCACAGUUUCAUCAGAUAAGAAGGCUAAGUUCUGGUCAUAUGAAGUAGUCUCUGAGGGUACACGGAAACGCCUUUCCCUCCGAGAAAGAAGGAUACUUGAACUGCCAGAUGAAGCUUUGUGUUGUGCUGCUUCGCCCGACGGCAAAGUGCGUAUGAAUAUUCAGCCUCCCAUUUCUUUUCUGUGUCAAUUAUCUCUUUUUUAGUU